CCUUGUGAUCAUACUUAUUGUCAGUGCAGUAUAGUAUAAAGUUAGUUCAAACAUGCGAACACUUAGGGUUUAACUCCAUAUUGCGGGGGAAAAAAACAGAGCAAUGGAAAAACAACCAAGGCUGUUGUCUUCGCAGCUUUCACUUCAGAAUAGGGUCUGUGAUGUUACACUUAACUGCGUUGUUCUGACAUGGAAAGAGAGAGAGACCACUAAAAAACGGGUCUCGGGAAGCUUCCUCGGGAGUUCCAGGGCUGCUGGCAGCCACUGUGUUCCAGUGUGUGAGAUCAUAGCUGUCCAAGAGACAACAGAAGCCUGCCAAAGUAAUGAUGCUGGGAGGUGGCAGAUGGUUCCUCAACAACCCUCAGAAUCAGAGCAGCAUGCUUUUACAGUGUCCUAUGUUGAGCGAAUGAGGGGGCACCGCUGGCGGUGUAGCGAAGUGACCUUCCAUUGUACAGAUUGGAGACUAUGCCAACAGUGGAUCCAAACCAUUAAGGAGCAACUCUCACAACUGACCAGCCGCCCAAAGAGCUUGUUGGUUUAUAUCAAUCCCUAUGGGGGAAAGCAACGAGGAAAGUGGAUUUACGAGCACAAAGUGGCCCCAGUCUUUUCCCGUGCCUCAAUUUCCACUGACGUGAUUGUUACGGAGUGUGCAAAUCAUGCCAGAAACCACUUGAAAAAGGAGGCUGAUUUAAAAAAGUAUGAUGGUGUGGUCUGUGUCGGAGGUGAUGGGAUGUUCAGCGAGAUCCUACACGGCCUCAUCUCCCGGACGCAGUGCGACUCUGGUGUGGAUGAGAACUGUGCAGAGACGCUUGUGCCCUCUGCACUUCGCAUUGGCAUCAUUCCUGCAGGCUCAACUGACUGCAUAUGCUUUGCAACUGUGGGCACUAAUGAUCCAGUGACAUCUGCAUUGCAUAUAGUCAUAGGGGACUCCCAGCCCAUGGAUGUGUGCUCUGUCCAUCAUAACAACACCUUCCUCAGAUAUUCUGUCUCCCUGCUCGGUUACGGUUUCUUUGGGGACGUACUGACAGAUAGUGAGAGGAAGCGUUGGAUGGGGCCUGCCCGAUAUGAUAUCUCAGGUGUUAAGACAUUUCUGUCACAUCGCUACUAUGAAGGAACAAUAUCCUUUCUUCCGGCUGCUGACAUCUUCGGUACUCCAAGAGAUAAAAUAAAAUGUCGAUCUGGAUGCUCUGUCUGCCAAAAGCAAUCAACAGAAAAGCUGACAGAGGAGGAGAGAGAGGGUUCUUAUGGUGUCUGGCGAGUUACCAGGGGUAAAUUCCUAGCUAUCAAUGCUGCCAGUAUGAGCUGUGCAUGUCCUCGCACCCCUAAAGGUCUUUCUCCUGCUGCUCACCUUGCUGACGGAACCACUGAUCUCAUUCUCAUCCGCAAGUGUUCUCGACUUGACUUCCUGCGCCACCUUCUGCGCCAUACCAAUAAGGACGACCAGUUUGAUCACACCUUUGUUGAGGUGCACCGUGUGCAGCAAUUCCGUUUUACACCCAAACACUGGGAGGGAGGCUCAGAGCUGGACCUCUGUGAAAGCAAGAACAGACUCUUUGGCCAAAUCUGCAGGCAGCAGCCGGUGUGCGGCUGCGCUCCUGCCCAUAGCAGCUGGAACUGCGACGGCGAGAUUCUGCCACAAACCACCAUUCACGUCAGAGUACACUGCCAACUGAUCAAGCUGUUUGCUAGAGGGAUUGAAGAGAAGACUGUGUUUGAGGACCCUUAUACACUCUGUGCUGUAUAAAUCCUAACAUCAGAUUCACUGGAAAACUUCCUGCUGGAUCAGGAAGGUUUAUAACUCUGAGAAGUGACCACGUCUGAGUAUAAUGAUUUUUUUUCCAUAUGCUGUUAUGCCCAGUGACAUAAUAUGUGGAGUCUUACUCUGACUGAAAAAGCGAGAGACUGAAAUGUGGCAAAUCAAAGUAAAUGAAAGCCAGUUUUACAAUUACAGCUAGAGUAAAUUAAGUAAAAACAAAGGUACAAAUAAAUCAACACAACCGAUGAUAUGCCUGCGUGUAUGCAAUUUAGGACCAGCUAGACAUUAUUGGCGAAACUCCAUGAUAAAUACAUUGCUGAUGAUUUUUUGUAUUUUAUAGUAUCAGAGAAAUACAUUUUCUUUGCUUACAGUUGUCUUCCGUUAUGUAAUCAAGCAGGCCUUGAGUGGAGCACUGCGUGAGCCUCAUACUUUUCAAAUCAUUAUGACACAUUGUGAGGAAUCGUGAUAAAACUUACAGCUUUUCCAAAUGUGGUCUUGCUCAGAUCUAUUUGCUGGAAUCAUGUCAUAGGUUUGAUUUUUCUAAUAAGU